AUGGAAGUAGCACUUUCCCCCAUCCAUCCACAAGAACUGAGUGCUGUUACUACCGAUGUGUCCCCUAUGGUCAUCAACACAACUCCUACAACUGAGCAAGAUGGUGGGGAAUGUGCCAUGGAAGAUUUUGAUUCCGAACAACAAUAUGAAAAGCCCCCCCCUCUGCACACAGUUGCUGACUGGAAGAUUGUUCUCCACUUGCCUGAGAUUGAGACGUGGCUUCGGGUGACAUCAGAAAGAGUCAGGGAUUUGACUCACUCCGUGCAGCAGGACCUGGACAGCAAGCAUGUGGAUGUGCAUUUGGUACAACUGAAAGAUAUAUGUGAAGAUAUCUCUGAUCAUGUUGAACAAAUCCAUGCUCUUCUAGAGACCGAAUUUUCCCUGAAACUUCUGUCUUACUCUGUCAAUGUAAUUGUUGAUAUCCACACGGUACAGUUUCUUUGGCACCAACUUCGAGUUUCUGUCCUGGUUCUGAGAGAGAGAAUUCUUCAGGGACUGCAAGAUGCCAAUGGAAAUUACACCAGGCAAACUGAUAUUUUGCAAGCUUUUACAGAAGAAACAAAGGAGGACCGUCUUGAUUCUUUAACAGAGGUGGAUGACUCAGGACAGCUAACUAUCAAAUGCUCUCAAAAUUAUUUGUCUCUAGACUGUGGAAUUACUGCCUUUGAACUAUCAGACUACAGCCCCAGUGAGGACUUGCUUGGUGCUCUUGGGGACAUGACCUCCAGUCCAGCUAAAAUAACAUCCUUUGAGUCUUGGAGCUGUAGGGAAAUGGACAAAGCCUUUCCAGAACUUACUAGAAGUGUGGGAUUACUGGCUGUAGCAACAGAUUCAGAUGCUUCCAAAUACAAUGAAAGUGUUAAUACCAAGGAAAUCCACUUACCCUUGUCAAUAGAUCAGCAGGAGGAGGAAGGCCAAAGUUGCAAAGAAUCAUCAGCUAUAGCUACUGAACUUUCACUCACUCCUAUUUCUGAGCACUUACCUCUUUGUAAAGUAACUUCUGAGGAUUCGGUUGCCUCAUCUGGCAACAAGAAGGACUUAGAAACAAUAAAACAGGAGCCAAAGGUCUCCAGUGUUGCAAAAGCUAAUCAUCACCCUCACAGUGAAAACCCAACACCCAAGAGAUCGAUACGAGAUUGUUGUGACUACAAUGAGGAUUCACCAACACAGCCCACCUUGCCCAAAAAGGGCUUGUUUCUCAAAGAAGAUAUAUUUAAAACAGAUGUGAUCGUUGAUGAUACAAAAAAUCAGUUCUCUUUGAUUAAGACAGAAAUCAGCAAGAGCACACCCUCACUGUUAGAUCCACCAGACAGAUCCAAGCUUUGUCUAGCAUUACAAACAGCGUACAAUAACUGCCCUUCUGCUGUCAGUCAGUCAUGUGAUUGUUUACACAACCUAAGUGAACUCAAGUAUGCCAUACAAAAUCAUUUUAAAGAAAAUUCUAUGGCUUUAGGUAAGUCAAGUGACAAUGCUAGAAGGCAGAAACUGAGGUGCAAGAAGUCACAUGACAUUCCUGAGGAGGUGGCAUCAUGCAGGUUUCCUGCAAUGGUAGCAUCAAAUGCUACACCAACCAAUCAGAUGAACAAAAGAGGGGUUCUGGCUUUACAAAAUGGAAUUACUUCUGACAGCAUGCGGUCCAUAGAAGGAACAGGAAGUGAUACAACAUCAACCUCUUCUGAACCUUACAAGCAACAAGAAGUGAAUGGUCAGUCUUGCAGUGAAAGAGAACCAUCCGCUUCACCCACCCAUAGCCAAGUGAGCAGCUCUUCAGCUGGAUCAGAUCCUGCUAUAUCUCCCUUCCCUCUUCUUCAAAGAAAUAAGAGUGAAAAGGCCCACUCAUCUUCACCAAAUAAUGUCAGCACAGAAGGUAAAGUGAGUGAUGCCUGGUAUGGGUCUGAUGAAUACUUAGCUCUUCCAUCACACCUCAAACAGACAGAAGUAUUAGCUCUGAAAUUAGAAAAUUUGACAAAAUUGCUUCCACAGAAAUCUCCAGGAGAAACUAUUCAAAACAUUGAUGACUGGGAACUAUCUGAAAUGAAUUCAGAUUCAGAGCUUUACCCAACCUAUCAGGUCAAAAAGAAGCACAAAAGAUUAGGUAGAAUUUCACCAAGCUCUUCAAGUGACAUCAUAUCCUCAGUAGGAGACAGCAUUGAAUCAGGCCCUCUUAGUGAUAUCCUUUCAGAUGAAGAACUUUGCACAUCCUCAUCUAGCAUGAAAAAGUACCUAGAAGAUAGGCCACGAAAGCCAUCACUGUUUCAGGCUUCUGAUAAAAAUGAAAUAACCCUCACAAAUAAAUCAGCUUUAAUACAGCAGCUGAUGGAAGAUAUACAACACCAGGAUAAUUAUGAAAUUGUAUGGCAAAAAAUGGAGGGGUUUGUAAGCAAGCUGGAUGAAUUCAUUCACUGGUUAAAUGAAGCCAUGGAAACCACAGAAAACUGGACUCCUCCAAAGGCAGAGACAGAUAGUCUUAAACUCUACCUGGAAACACACUUGAGCUUUAAGCUGAACGUAGAUAGUCACUGUGCAUUAAAGGAAGCUGUUGUAGAAGAAGGACGGCAACUUCUUGAUCUUAUAGUAUCUCACAAAUCAGGACUGAAGGACAUGUUGCAGAUGAUUGCAAGUCAGUGGAAGGAACUACAGAAACAAAUCAAACGGCAACACAGCUGGAUUCUUAGGGCUCUGCGUAUCAUCAAAGCGGAGAUACUGGCUACUGAUGUGUCUGCAGAGGAUGAGGAAGGGACUGAGAGCCCCAAG